UAGACGUUUUUUGUCUCUAUUGUAAGUUUUCGCGCGCAAGAUCGAGUAACUUUUCGAUAAUUAAUUUUUUUUGGACUUUUUGAGUUAGUGGUCAUAACUUGGUUUUUGGAUUGGACUGGUGAAAUUUUUUGGAAAAUGUGUUUCUUCGUUUGGUAGAGUCUGACUAGAAAAAUCAAUCGACAUGUCUGGACGGACCCUCAUACUGUUCAUGUCUAUAGCGACAUUCAAUAUAGAUGCUCUCCUAGUCUACAAUACAAGGCCCUCUAUUGUAGAAUCCCAUACGCAUGGAAAUUUAACAAAUAGAUAUCAAAAUAUGGGCAACUCACUAUUCAAAGGUACAACAGGAAUGUUAGAAGAUACUCGUAGAACAUUCGAAUAUGAGCUGAUUUACAGUAACGUGUCUAAAAUAAGCAGGGAUUCAACGAUCGAUACCAGACUCCACUACACUGACUCUGUAUUCGGGUACAAAUCAAUGCCGUCACACUUCAGUGAAUACUCCAGAAGAGGUCUGGAUAGGAGAAAAAGAAUACGGAGAGGAUUGUCAGAUAAUCGAGUGAUCAUUACCCACCACUUCACCGAAAGAACUGUCACUCCUGGUGGUGAUAUCAGCAUGCAAUGUUCUGCAACGGGAGACAGACCACCACAAUUCGUAUGGGAAAGAGAUGGUGUCACCAUGUCUAGUAACACUGAUCCAAGGUACGCGUUAGGCCAAGUCAUGACAUCUGACAAUUCAGUCGUGGCCCAACUGAACAUUACAAGAGUAAGAGUAGAAGAUGGCGGCCUAUAUUCCUGCACGGCUAAAGAAGGAGAUCAUUCUGCUACUCAUGAGAACAGGCUUGAUGUUUACGGACCUCCGUAUAUCCGAUCAUUGCCCCCAAUUAAAGUACAAAGCGGAGAACCAAUAAAUUUAAGGUGCCCUUACUACGGAUACCCUAUAAGUAAAAUAGAUUGGGAACACAAGGGCAAAACAAUCAAUUCAAACAGUUUAUUCCAAAGUCGGUAUAAACGAAGUCAAAGCCAUCUAAAAAAGAAAACACGUAGAAGUAUUGUCAAUGUGCACGGAAUACUUACAAUACCAGAAGUCAGCAAGGAAGACAGUGGUGCUGUAUACACCUGCAUAGUAACAUCGCCUUCAGGUGAAAUGGCUAGAAGAGCAUUUGAAAUACAAGUGAUAGAAGCACCGAUUCUAGAAGACCUCCUACUUGGUAAUAAUCUUCAGGAGGGUCAAAUAGUAAAUAUUUAUUGCAACGUCCGAAGCGGAGAUUUGCCGAUACAUUUUGAAUGGCUGAAAGACGGAAAGAGAAUACCGAGUAGCUUAAAAGUAGUAGAGAGAAGUUCAGAGCUAUUCAGUGCUCUUGUUAUUAAAAAAGUGUCAUUGGAACAUUGCGGCACUUACACAUGUGUCGCUUCCAAUCACGUUGCUAAAGUUAAUAGAUCUACGGAACUUUACAUUAAAGUGGCACCAAAGUGGCUAGAGGAACCGAACAACUCAUCGUUACUUUUGGGAAGAAGAGGCACAGUAUCAUGUAGUGCCAGUGGAUAUCCUCAACCCCAAGUACACUGGAUGAAAAAAGAUGCUCUCUUGGGGACCUGGCAACCAGUUCUUGAGUUAGCUGGUGGUGGCAUCCUCAGUUUGCCUAACGGAACUCUAGUGAUUGAAGAAGUGUCUCUCACUGACGAGGGUCUUUAUUCCUGUAAUGUGGAGAAUGGAGUGGGCACACCACUCAGCAAGACCGUCUGGAUGAGCGUUAACAAACCUGUUCAUUUUGAAAUCUCAUCAACCAACGUGACGUCACGGCUUGGACAUCCAGUCACAUUGGAGUGUCGAGCGCUCGGCGAUGAUCCUAUAAGAAUAGUAUGGACUCACGAUGGCAACAUCAUGGAUUUUCAAAGUCACAGGGCAAAGCAUUCGGAAACAAAGACUGCCCUUGGCCUCACAAGUACCAUUAGCAUCCAAUACUCUGAGACAGUAGAUGCAGGGUUCUACCAAUGUCGUGCCAGUAAUCCUUAUGGAGCUGCUGCUUUUAACAUUUUUCUUACUAUUUUGGAACCACCAACUCCUCCAUCGGAACUGCGCGUUGAGUCUGUCCGAUCCCGAACUGCAGUGGUAUCCUGGCGUGAAGCUCGAGCUCACGCGAAGCACUAUGCUCUGCAGUACGCCCCAGCACAUUACGCUGACGCAGGUUGGGAGCAUGCUGUCAACAUAAACGUUACCAGGAAAGAUAACGAUAUUCGUCAAACCAUCGAACUACAGAAUCUUCGUCCCGCAACAGCGUACGUAGUUCGCGUUGCGACAGGCAAUGAAGUGGGGGUCAGUCGAUACACUGCUCCUAUACAUCUGACGACCCAUGAAGAAGCCCCAACGUCUCCUCCAAUAAACAUCCAAGUAGAACAAACAGAAAAUCCUGGGGAGCUAUUUUUGUCGUGGUCGCCACCGCCUAAAGACAGUCACAAUGGAGUUAUUACGGGAUACCACAUCAAAGCUGUACCGCAGAAUAUUGGUUCUGUUUCAGAAGAUGGUGAUACACGAACGCUAAAAGUGUCACAACUUUCUGGAAAACAAGAAACAACAAUGACUGGGCUUCUAAAAAAUACGAGAUAUGCUGUAAGUAUUUCAGCUUUUAACAGUGCAGGAUCUGGACCUUUUUCUCUACCAGUAUUUCAAGAUACGAUGGAAGGAGCGCCAGAACAUGCUCCGUCUUCAGUGGAAUGCACUGCAGUUUCUUCUACCUCACUAAGGGUUGGGUGGCAGCCGAUCGCUAUUCAUGGACAAGGAAGCUCUUUGAUUGGCUACUCUAUAUUGUAUGCUACCGAAGAUAGUGCUUGGCAUAAUCAAACGUCACUCCACACAGAAAUCUACCUUCAAAGCUUGAUAAAAUACACAAACUACACCGUCAAAGUUGCUGGUUUCUCCAGCUAUGGAGCUGGACCGUUUUCAUAUCCAAUCGUAUGUUCUACGCUGCAAGACGUGCCAGAUGCACCAGCAGAUAUCAAAGUUCUUAUCCUGUCCCCUACAUCCCUGCUAGUGAGCUGGAAGAAACCUGAACAUCCCAAUGGAGAACUUCUUUACUACACAGUCUAUGUUAAACCGACUUCAGGAAGCGGUUCACCACAAACCCUUCGAAUAGAUGUAGCACGUACAACGGCAGAGGUCAAGGAUCUAACGACGGGAAGGCCGUACGAGACCUGGGUGACCGCUAGCACCAGUGUCGGGGAGGGGACUGCGAGCAAACGUGUUUCCCAAAUGCCAGUGCAACGAGUGGUAGCUGGCGUAGCAUCCCUCGGUGGCUCAAUAUCAGUGGGUGUGGGAUCUUCCCUUCUCCUCGUAUGCCAAUGUGUUGGCGUCCCCCCACCACGCACCGUGUGGUACCACAAACACAACAUCAUCACUCACCACCCGAGAUUCACGAGGAAUCAUGAUGAUAGCCUGUUAAUUAACAAUAUAGACCAAUCACUAAGCGGUAACUACACCUGUCUCGCUAAAAAUCUCUACGGGUCCGACUCCGUAGAGUAUACCGUCAUAGUUCUACCUCUACCCGAAGCGCCGAUAUUGAGGGCUACCCCUUACAAAGACUCCAUACUGGUGGAAUGGGAGCAACCAUACUACGCUGUCAGUAAUAGGAGCUCCAGUCAGAAAAUUACUUACAGCCUAACAUGGAAAGAAGCAAGCGGACCCUGGCAAGAGGCAUGGUCGCCCAACAAAAUGGCCAACAAGUUGUCGAACUUGUCAGGCGUGCAGAAACACGCGCUUACCGGUCUAAAAUGUGGCACGAAAUAUUCUCUCAGGAUCACGGCUACUAAUAAGGUUGGAACUUCGCAACCAGCUUAUUUGGAUGUCAGCACUUUAGGCGGAGCACCAAUUCCACCGACAACAAAUGAGUGGUUCUGGAGCAACUGUUCUCACAUUUACAUCCAACUGGCUGGAUGGGACGACGCAGGCUGCGAGUUGAGGGCAUGGGAUGUUGAAUACCGGGUAUUAGGCUCGAGAGGUUGGAUCCGAGCACACAAUACUCUGACAUACACAGAUCCCUCGUGGAACGUACCAAUCUAUCAGUCGGGCUACCGAGCUAGUUCUUUUGCUAUAUCCGGCCUGUCGCCGGCCACGUGGUACCAGCUGAGGGUGACCGCCACGAACGAGGCCGGCAGCGUCACCACCGCCUACAACUAUGCCACUAAGAAUGAAGAUGGCACGGAAGUGGGCCCUCCAUCAGACUUAUUCGACUUGAACAUGUUGGUGAUUGUAUUCAGCUCCAUUCUCUUGGCUUUGUGUCUAAUAUGCUGCGUCUACAUUUUAGUGAAACGACAAAGAAGUAACACGUUCACGGAGUACCGCGACUCGAUAACUGUGGACAAGUCCGAGAGCGGCAACAUCACCGCCAACACGUCGCACAGCAACCUCGCCAACGUCAAAGACAACGCCAUCAACGCGCAGAACAGGAUAUACAGCGCACCUAUACACGUGCGGAACAAUAGCAAACACGAACUGUACGAGAUAAGUCCAUACGCGCAAUUCGCGGUGGGCUUCCGUACGUUCGGCCAUGUGGAGAACCAGGACAUGCCGAACCGACACAUGAAACAAAGAUACGAUACGGAAACCAGUUUCCAAGUAUGUUCAGAAUCGGAAGACAGCGAUAGUAUAUCGAAGUCAACAUUAAAAAGUGUGCCAAGAAAAGCAUGCAGGACGCCACAUCAUAGGUAACUAGAUAGUUAAAAUGCCUUCGAAGGCUUGGAAUCCAAUUUCAAGAAAGUUGUACAUUUGCAAUGUAAAAAUUAUGCCUCAAAAUCAAAAUGAAAAGGUUUUUAUUUUUCUCUAGAAUUUAAUUGGUGGGUUCGAUUUUCAUUAUACAGUAGGUACCUAAUACAUACUUAUAAUACCUACCUAUUUCAAAAAUGCCCAUAAUGACUUAAUUCAAAUUAUUAUGUUAUUUUAAUUUUGCUGUUGUCCCAAAAUUUAAUGAAAUUGUGAAUGUAGGUAUUAAUUCUUGUGCCAAGUAUAAAAUUGUUGAUUUUCAAAUCUUUAAACCUGUUAAUUUGUUUAAUAGUUUAGUUUAGGUAGGUCUAAUUGCAUGACAGACGGUUAAAGUUACGUUAACUUGGACAGCCAAUAAAACACAAGUUAGGAUUUGUUAAUUUAGGAUCUUUGCUACGGAUGCAUGAAUACUGGCUCGUGCUACCCACUUUGCUGAAUUUAUUGUUGAUUAAAGUUUUACUUAACCGUAUCGUAACUUUAACCGCCUGACAUGCAAUUGUACCAAAGGAAACAAUCUUUGUAAUAAUAUACCGCAUCGAUACAACCUGCGAAUGGAAAAUCAAGGAAAACUUGUAGAUCUAAAUUCCUUUUAAGGCUGAAACAGAUAAAGCGUUACGGCAACAUCGACAGGCUCAACUCAACCUGAUGUACCUAAUACAAGGAACUGUAUGCUUAGUAUUUUACAUCUCGCCAACAUUGAUAAAAUUCGAGCAUUGAAAUAUAACGUCCUAGUAAAAUGGACCUAAACAAGCUUGAUUUAAAGUCAAAAAUUCAGUAGGUAAGUAUAAUUCGCGACAGGUCGACAUGACAAUUUGACGUAUAAGGCGGUGUGACGCCCCGCAAACCCGCGCUAUCCCGCACUGGGUUAGCACGGGUGAACUUGAGCGUUAAAACAACGCAGUUAAGGUUCAUUUUACAUCAACGCAUUUUAAAAAUUCUAUGCACAUGCAGAUUGCACACCGCUAUAUGAAAGCGUUAACACUGGCGCGUAUUUGAAUUUAGAGCCAUGCUCAGCGUUAGUAUUUUAAAAUGCUUUAGACAAUAUGGCUCAUUCUGUUGUACGCAUUGACAAAUCUAAAUGUGUUUAUUAUUCCUUUCAUAAUGGUCUAUGUGGAAAAG